AUGACCGUGUCCAAUGGCAACACAGGCCUUAGCCGCCCUCCCCUCCAAUAUUCGGGCUCGCUCUCGCAUCUCGACUAUGUCGAAAUAACGCCCAUCAUCGGACGUGAAUACACCACGGCCAAAAUCCACGAUAUUCUACAUGCUCCCAAUUCCGAGCAGCAAAUUCGUGAUCUCGCUAUCAUUAUCUGUGAGCGAGGCGUCGUCUUUUUCCGUGCUCCGCAGGACGAUCUGACGAUCGAUGAGCAAAAGCGAUUUACUGUGCUACUCGGUGAACUCACCGGACGGCCAGAAGGACAUGGAUUACAUGUCCACCCGUUGUUCAGAGAUGAGAAUAACAUUCCUAUGGGGAAUGGUCAACAUGAUGAAAGUAUAUACGUGAUUAAUGCCAAGGCAGCCCAGAAGCUAUACAAGAGUAUGAAGCAGGUGCAGCGGACAGAGCCGAAGGACCCGGGACUGGAAUGGCAUAGUGAUUGCAUGUUCGAGGAAUGCCCUGCAGAUUUCAGCUUUUUACGGAUGGAAGAGACCCCGCCCACUGGAGGAGACACCAUCUGGUGUUCAGGCUAUGAACUUUACGAUCGCAUAUCUCCCUCGAUGCGGACUUACUUCGAGUCCCUCACAACAACCUGCGCCCAGCCCGUGUUCAAAACCGCCGCAACAGCCGGUGGCUACGAGGUCAUGUCCCCGCGUGGGUCGCCACUCAACGUCGGAGACUCUUUCUCCCCAAUCCAUCCCAUGGUGCGCACGCAUCCAGUGACGGGUUGGAAAUCCCUCUAUGCUGCCAUCGGCAUUCACGUUACCAAGAUCAACGACGUCUAUUCGUACGAGGACCAGAUGAUUAGAGACUAUAUCAUGCGUCUCAUCACACGAAAUCACGAUUCUGUGGCCCGCUGGAAGUGGACGAAGCAGAGCUGUGCGAUCUGGAGUAACGCCUGCACGCUUCAUGCUGCUACGCCUGAUACACACCUUGUGGUAAAUAGCGACGCAAACCGCACGGGCGUGAGGGCGUCGGGAACUGGUGAAAAGCCAUAUCUCGAUCCAGCGUCCAAGUCGCGAAGAGAAGCUCUUGGGCUGCCGUUGAAUUAG